UUUACUGCGUUUAUUCUUCAAUUUGCCAUGCGUUUUGUAGUUUUUGCAAAAAUUGCUAUUAUGUAAUAUACAACGCUAAACUUGAUUCAGUGUGUAUCGUACGAUAUAUUGCUGUUUAUUUUUCGGCAUAUAUAGUUUUCAGUAAUUGAAACGUUUUGCAUUAUCAUAUUUUUUAAAAAAAAUACUAACUCAUGCCUGCUGGAAAAAAGAGCUCCAAACAAAAACCUUCAAAUAAAAGUAGUAAUUCAGGAUCGUCAGCCUCCGAACCUGGAAAACAAAAGUUACGUGUUAAACGAAAGAGUGAGGGUAAUUUCGAAAAUAUAAAGAAAAAGCAUUGCUCUUCAUCCAAAAGUAAUUUUGUAAAUCUCUAUGGACCCGAGAAGCGAGAAUUGUUUACACGAUCAUUUGAUUUUUCUCCGUUGAAUUAUAUAAAAUAUUUACCUAUGGGGCAAUGCUCUGCAUUAAAUCUGAGGAAAUAUGCAGCGACUUUUAUUAUUAAUGACAUAGCAAAGAAAAAAGUGCCCACAACACUAAAUCCUUUUGAAAGAAGAGUUACAGCAAUUGCAUGGCAUCCAAAGUAUUCUCAAAUUGCAGUGGCUGCUUCCAAAGGGGGUGAACUUUCACUGUAUAAUCUAAAUAAGCCUGGUUCAAGUUUUAUUCCUGGAAUAGGUCCUGGCGGCUCAAUAGUGGGAUUAAAGUUUCACCAAGAUGAUCCUUCACUAAUAUACACCACUUCAAUAACUGGAGAUAUAAGGCUUGAUGAUUUUAGUGGCAGGAGAGGGAAAAUACUGGCCUCUAUUGGAUGCUUCGACAAUUGGUUUUCUUCUUUAGAUGUUUGUUAUAAUAGGAAGUUGCUGAUAUCCGGAAAUACUGCAGGGAAUGUAUGCUUAAUCUCUGUUGAUGGUCAAAAAGUUUGGCCUAAAUCAAAACAUUUGCAUAAAAAGAAAAUUACACAUGUGGAAUUUUCAGCAGCAGAUCCUAAUAUUUUUGUAACUUCAUCAAUUGAUCAUUCAGUUAAAUUAUGGGAUCUGCGUAUGAUGAGUGAUUCUGAAUUGAAACCAAAGCCUAUUCGUGAGUUUGUGCAUGUAAAGGGAGUAAAUUCUGCAUAUUUUAGCCCAUCUAAUCGACAUUCUCUUCUUACUACUGACCAACACAGCGAAAUUCGUGUAUACAAAAGCCCAAUGUGGGAUGAAGAACUUAUUAUAAACCAUCCUCAUCGUCAUUUCCAGCAUCUGACCCCUAUAAAAGCAACUUGGCAUCCUUUAGAAGAUAUCAUUGUUGUUGGUCGAUAUCCAGAUUGUGGAGUGAAUGAAAAUACUGUUCGUUACAUUGACUUUUUUGACGGUUCAACUGGAAAGCUGUUGCACAAGUGGAGCUCCCCCAAUGGAGGAAUUUUAUCGCUGAAUGUUUUUAACAUUUCUGGUGAUUGCUUGGCUUCUGGGACAGGUUCUUAUGUUGUAUUCUGGAAAGAUAAAGAUGUUUUUGAUGGCCUUUCAUUUCAAAAAUCAAUGGUGAAUGGGCAGAGGAGAACAUUAUCUUUAAUAUGAUUAAAAGCUUGAGGCUUUAAAAAUCUAACAGUCAUUCUGGCUUUUGAAACAAUUGAAUGUGUAUAUAUAGACAUGUUUAUAUUUUUAUAAAUGUGUCCUACAAUGGCAUAUUUUUUAAAGGCAUUUUUUUUUUUGUAUUAUAUAUUGAUUUAUGUUUUUCAUCAUGUGAAUAAGCAUUUUUCUAUUGUAAUUUAAAAAUAGCCAUUUCUUAUUUUUAUAGCACUCUUCUUGUAUUCUUUCAAGUACAAAGAUUUAUACUGUGAUAUUAAAAAUAUUGCA